AGCCAAAGGAAGAAUUUGGCUUUUAGCAGCUUUAAAAAUCAGUUACAUUCUCAAUCUGCAAAGAGGGGCAAUCUCCAAAUGCCUGUUGAGCGUGAAGCCUGCGACACGUGAGCUGAAGAAAUAGAGGACGUUUCUUGGUUGCUGCUCUGAUGCCAGGAGGAGCUGGUGCCAAGCUUUAGCUGUUGCAUCCAGCACAGUGGAAUGUGGAUUUCGACUCCACUGCAUUUUCCUAAGAAGGAAAGCAGUGUCACCAGAUCUGAGAAAGAAGAGACUGUGUGUUAAAGAAGCCAGCUGACUCCCUGCAUCAGACACUCCUGGCCAGCCCUUCCGCUAAGCAAACUGGAAAAUGGAAAUGAAGAGAAAUACAACCAAGUUGCUGUGGCUGGUGAUGUUCCUCUCUGAUAUUGUGCCAUUCAGCUAUGAGAAAUCAAUGAGAGAGCGAGCUAUCGAGCUGAUGAAAGAUGCACGUUUAAUCGAUGGUCACAAUGACUUUGUACUGCGGCUGAGAAUAUUUUACCAAAAUAGACUCAGUAGAGUCAACUUAAGAGAACUCAACAAGACCCACACGAACCUUGCGAAACUUCAGGCUGGCUAUGUGGGAGCUCAGUUUUGGUCAGUGUAUGUUCUUUGCAGCGCUCAGAACAAGGAUGCUGUGCGUCUGACCUUAGAGCAAAUUGAUGUUGUCAAGAGGAUGUGUAACAGCUAUGAAGAGCUUGAACUUGUGACAACUUCCCAAGGUAUCUCUGACAGUAUAAGGAUCGCAUGUUUGAUUGGAAUAGAAGGUGGUCACUCCAUUGACAGCAGUUUGGCAACACUGAGGAUGUAUUAUGACCUGGGUGUUCGUUACAUGACUUUAACACAUUCCUGCAAUACACCUUGGUCUGAAUCGUCAUCUAAAGGAAUACACAACUUUUAUCCUAGUGUUAUUGGUCUGACUGCAUUUGGCCAAGAAGUGGUAAAGGAGAUGAAUCGCCUGGGUAUGCUGAUAGAUUUAUCUCAUACUUCAUAUUCCACAGCAAAAGCUGCACUGAAUAUCUCAAAAGCACCAGUAAUUUUCAGCCAUUCCUCAGCAUUUUCUAUUUGUAAUCACUCAAGAAAUGUUCCUGAUGAUAUCCUCCAGCAACUGAAAAAGAACAAGGGGAUUAUCAUGGUGACUUUCAAUGCAGAUGUACUGGCCUGUGGCAGAAAAGUUGUUAAUGUUUCUACCCUUGCAGAUCAUUUUGACCACAUAAAGAAAAUUGCAGGUUCAGAAUCGAUAGGAAUUGGUGGUGACUACGAUGGAGUGGAACGUUUCCCUGAGGGAUUGGAAGAUGUUUCGAAAUACCCUUCUUUGAUUGAGGAACUUCUAAGAAGAGGAUGGAAUGAAACUGAACUGAAAGGGGUGUUAAGGGAGAACUUUCUCCGUGUCUUCAGGGAAGUGGAAAAUGUGCGGAACAUUAGUGGACUAAUGGAUGUAGGUGAAAGUGAAAUUCUGCAAGAAGUAGUACAAAAUUCCUGUCGCCUAGACCUACGUAAUCAUCGGCUUCAGACAAUCAGGUCCUUUGGAUUUCCUUCUAUGGCACAACCUUUUAGUCUGACACUUGUAAUUGUAUCGUUUAAUACUGUAUUAUGAAUCAUAAGAUCUAUGGGGUCUAGAGAGAGAUAUAUGGAGUAAUCUGCAAUGCAACUAGUUAUCUUUUUGGGGUUUUGUUAAUGUAAAGCUAUGCUAAUUUUUUUAAUAUAAUUUCUAUAAAUUCGCCUGCAUACUUGAAAGUUAAUGUAGAUUUGAAAUGUUGUAGCAAAAGCAUUUAGAAUUUGAUGUGAUAAAUUCUGUGUCAUCUUGGCUAAACCAGGACCAACAUUGUUAAUGGAAAGUAUUCACAUCUAAUGAAUAAAUUCUCUAAUACAUGACACAUGGUUUUGGUACCCAUAUUGUGGCACUUGGUAUAAAUACGGGAGUCCAGAAUCAGCAGUUCCACACAGGAUCUAGAGAAUAUGAUAAAGACAGCUGUGCUGAGAUGUUUUCAGAUAUUACUUCUUGUUAAGUCAUACAACUUUCAUUAUCAGUCGAUGGCUUAGUCACAGAAGACCACCGCUCUGGUAUAUGUAGAGGAGUGGUUUUUUGUUUUGUUUUUUAAGAUGACAAGAUGGUUGACAUAGCAAUUUCAAUUCAGAUUUCAUGUCUACCACUAGCUUUAGGGUUCCAUCCUGCAGUACUAAAUUCUUAUUUUUGAACCCUCACCAGGACAGUGGGCAACUGGAGAGUUACUAAAGGGUGGAGGCAGGUGCCUUGCAUUCAGGUACAGGUGACCAGGCAAUGUUGUAGAUACUUUUCUGUUGUUUGGGGACUGCUGUUUGCUGCAUGUUCAUGAAGCUGGGAGCAAGAAUAAGCCAGGACAAAGCAGGGAUUCUGGCUACUCAGAGGGUGAGAUCUUAUUCUGAUAUUUUUACUGCAGUCUGAAAAGUAUAAAAUGAGUAUUUAAAUAAAAAUUUUGUUAAAAUGUUCCACAGCUUUGUGGAAAUCUCUUUCACAUUUAAACAAUGACCCUUAUCAAGAACAGGUUUUUUUAUUUUAUUUUUAUUCUAGCUGGCUAAAAUCAGACCAUUGUCAAAGGAUUCAUAGGCAUGAUAUUAGAAAGAAGUCUUUUUAUUAUAAAUCUUCUGCUGUUUCAGCCUUUGGAGCAUGUUUUCAAAUACACAAGGUAUGUGAGGUUAGAAGCUACUGUUACACAGAAGAGCAUAUAUUGCGAUGGGCCUAUUCUUGGUAGUCUAAUAUGGCUCAAACCUGGAAUUUUCGUCAAAUAUCCUGAGAUUCAUGAUGAGAUUGUAAGAUGGCAGCGCUACAUCUUUGUAGGGUAAUUUCAUAGUGCUUGCUGUUAAAUGCCUUCUCAUGAUACUUGCUGUUAAUUGUGAUUUUUUUUUUUUUUUUUAAUCCCAUGAUAUUUGCUUUUAUUUACUGAUAGGACAUCUACAGAAUUUAGCCUUAGUAUAAAGUAAAAGUCCUGUAAUUGAUCUAAGGACAGCAUUUGUAAACACACAAAGUAUUUAACAACUGAAAGACAAGGCUAAGCAUGAACAGAAUGGAAACGGCAAGUCAGUUGUUUUCUAGAGUCACUUGAGACUGUUCCUGCCAUCCAUUUCUGCAUUCCAUGUACAAGCAGGGUUUCUGGAAGAAGACUGUUCUUUUAUUGCUUCAAAAUGAAGCUUCGUUAAUUCUUCUGAUAAGGUGGUCUCCUUGCUAAGUAUGUUCUGAAUAUCCUACUGCCACUUACUGAAUUCUUUACAAAUCAUGUUGAAUAAUCUAGUUGCAUACAAGCCAAGUUCUUAAGAACAGUUUCUCAAUAAAUUCUGAUCUUAGUUAUGCAUCUACAAUGGGGAAUUACUGCAGACUCAGAAGUCUUGCCUUCCCGAUACUGCUUGACUGGCAUCAGAACUUGUUUUACGGGUAAAAUGAUGAAUUCAAUAGAGCAAAUAUUUACUUCCCAUCAGUACUUCUGCUAAUAGCUUCAUAAGCCAUUGGAAAACUGCCAUCCAUGGUCUCUCUUCACAGAAUUAGUACUGUGAUAGUAACUUCAUUAUAUAUUUGAAAUGUAAGAUGCUUCCUUAUUCCUUCCAGCCUUUUUCUUUCUACUGUGUUGUCACUUUCCUGCCUGCUAAUUUCUAAUUUUUUUCCAUAAUACAGCAUGGAUUAAAAAUACAUUCCUUUUCUUAAAGAUAUGGAUAAUACUUUUAUAUGACUGAUUCCACCAUACUAUAGAUAUUUGUAGUUUUUCCUUGUUUUAUCUAUAGUGUAUUGUACUUAUUUGACUGCUUUGUGCAAUGAAUAAUUUGUAGCCUUGUGGCAAAACAUAGACAUGAAAUUUAAAUAAAAUAUUG